CAGGACCGGAGCCAGGAGGCGCCUGCCAAGCUGCAAACGGCAGCGGCGGCGGCGGCAGCAGCGGCAGCUAAAGCGAAGAAAAAAUCUCGAGCUGGACACGGAGCCCCAGAAUCGCGGCUAUGGACUCUGAACUUUUACAGGUCCCACGGUGACGGGCCCUCUCCUUCGCCCCCCAAGUCCUUGAAACAGCAUAGGGCUUUGCCUUUCCCGCUGGAGCACUUGCAAGCGCCAGCAGGUGCAGAAAAACUGGGGUCUCCUGUCUCCUGGAACCGUGCCUCUUUUCCUCUUUCGGCUCAACGCAAUAGAGAUGCGGCUCCCAUAUAUCCGAACUCAAAUGUUUCCUGAAGCUUGAAAGUGGAGGAAUUCAGAGCCACGAGGGGAGGGUCAGGCAGACGACACAUCUGGAAGCGUCUGUCUUCUGAGCUCCUGUUUGCAAGGAAAGAGUUCUGCCCAGAAAGAGCCUUCCGCCCUCCCGUCUGGGUUAAGCAGGUUCCUGAACCCCAGGCGCCAGCCACAGGACCCUGCUGCCAAGGGGGUGUGUGGAGAGGACGGCUUAGCCGCCUCGCAUCGCGAUGGAUAAUGUCCUCCCGGUGGACUCGGACCUCUUCCCGAAUAUCUCCACCAACACCUCGGAGCCCAACCAGUUCGUGCAGCCGGCCUGGCAGAUUGUCCUUUGGGCAGCCGCCUACACGGUCAUCGUGGUGACCUCCGUGGUGGGCAACGUCGUGGUGAUGUGGAUCAUCUUGGCCCACAAGAGAAUGAGGACGGUGACCAACUAUUUCCUGGUGAACCUGGCCUUCGCGGAGGCCUCCAUGGCUGCGUUCAACACCGUGGUGAACUUCACCUACGCCGUCCACAACGAGUGGUACUACGGCCUGUUCUACUGCAAGUUCCACAACUUCUUCCCCAUCGCCGCUGUCUUCGCCAGCAUCUACUCCAUGACAGCCGUGGCCUUUGAUAGGUACAUGGCGAUCAUCCAUCCGCUCCAGCCCCGGCUGUCCGCCACGGCCACCAAGGUGGUCAUCUUUGUCAUCUGGGUCCUUGCCCUGCUGCUGGCCUUCCCGCAGGGCUUCUACUCCACCACAGAGACCAUGCCCAGCAGAGUCGUGUGCAUGAUCAAAUGGCCGGAGCACCCCCAAAAGAUUUACGAGAAAGUGUACCACAUCUGUGUGACAGUGCUCAUCUACUUCCUCCCCCUGCUGGUGAUCGGCUAUGCGUACACCGUCGUGGGGAUCACCCUGUGGGCCAGCGAGAUCCCCGGGGACUCCUCGGACCGUUACCACGAGCAAGUCUCGGCCAAGCGCAAGGUGGUCAAGAUGAUGAUCGUUGUGGUAUGCACCUUUGCCAUCUGCUGGCUGCCUUUCCACAUCUUCUUCCUCCUGCCCUACAUCAACCCAGAUAUCUACCUGGAGAAGUUUAUCCAGCAGGUCUACCUGGCCAUCAUGUGGCUGGCCAUGAGCUCUACCAUGUACAACCCCAUCAUCUACUGCUGCCUCAAUGACAGAUUCCGUCUGGGAUUCAAGCAUGCCUUCCGGUGCUGCCCCUUCAUCAGCGCCGGUGACUACGAGGGGCUGGAGAUGAAAUCCACCCGGUACCUCCAGACCCAGGGCAGCGUGUACAAGGUCAGCCGCCUGGAGACCACCGUCUCUACAGUGGUGGGGGCCCACGAGGAGGAGCUGGAGGAUGUCCCCAAGGCCACGCCCACGUCGCUGGACCUGACCUCCAACGGCUCUUCUCGCAGUGACUCCAAGACCGUGACAGAGAGCUUCAGCUUCUACUCCAACAUGCUCUCCUAGACCGUGGGGCAGCAGCAAGAGCCACCAACCAUUGUAUUUGUCUUGCUUCACUUCAUGCAUGGAUAUUUCCUUCAUCUGGAGACCAUCAGAAACCUCUAACACUGGGGCUUGUGGAAAGGGUCAGAAGGGUUGAGGGAAAAACCUGCCGUCUUAGAGACCAAGACAAAACAUGCAAAAAACACCCAGAACUCUCCCAUCUUUGCAACUCACAUGCUGUGUGACCUAAGGCAAAUCGCUGAGCUUCUCUGAGCCUGUGAAAUCAUCAUUCCAUGAUUCUAGAAGUAACUUGGACUCCAUGUGAGGUUUUAUUUCAGAAUGAAUCCUGCAUUGCAACAACAUAUCAAACUGUGCCUGCAGCCCCUGUCCUACUUCAAUUGCUUCAUUCUCAGUUGUGCUCAGGUUAUUGCUCCUUAGCUGGUGGCCCACCUCACUCCAUCCAUGUGAAAUUGGAAUGAAAGAUUUGACUCUGUUGUCUAAGCAUCCAUGAAAAGAAGAAAUACUUCUGCCCCUGUGUAGCUCUCAAUAUUUCAUUACCUUUAAUGAGAGCUCAGAUUCUUCUGUUUUGUCUCCCUAAUGACUGCCCUGAGCAACUGAAGGGGGCAGAAAAAUGUCCACUGAUGGGAGCUGACAUCCAUUAUGCAUCAAGGGUCAGGAAAACUGCACCAUCCUUAAUCUGGCUGAGCCUCUCUUUCCUUGUUUGUAAAAUGAUGGGGCUGAGUUAGAUCUUCUAAAUGUCCCUUUGAAUUUUAACAUUCAGUGGUUCUAUAAUGGUAUGAUUUUUUCUCACCAAAAAAAAAUGGCAGUCUCAAGAAAGAAUAGGAGCAGAUCUUCUAGUGAUAGUUUCCAGCCCCUGGAGAGGAAGCAGCUGCUAAGAGUAUAGGUGAUGCUCCCGAUCGGACAUUCUCUACUGGAUUAUCCUAAAAUGGUGAGUGUGUUCCUUCUGGAAGGUUUCAGCGCUUUCCAGAGCAGGGGACUUCACACGUAAGCCUGCACCUCUCCAUGAGGCUUUACCAGAUUGAGUUCCACAGAUGGAGAAUAUCAUACCUCUUGGGUAUCGUAGGGCAGGAGCGCCAACCCAGAUUCUUAACUUCCUACUAGCAUAAGACAUGUGCUCAGAUGCCCUGGUGAAUGAGGAAGCUGCACCCCACAUGUUCCUUCAGAGACUCUGAGUCUCCCCUUUGUGUCUCCCACCUCUGCUGACCUCCUGCCUUUGAGGGACGGCAACGACCCACCCAUCCUUCGGGACCUUCAGUCUGUCAGAGCCAGGAACUUAAUGCUUUGUGUCCUAAUACAGCUUUGGGAGCUGUAGCAAGAGAGCACCCCAUUCCUUUGUGUCUCCCAGAUCCGUGCUCUGUCCACAUGUGGGCGGCUGAAAGAAGCCUCAUGUGGGGUUUGCAGGAUGGCUGCGUGUGUCCUGUGUCCGUGGUGUUACAGGGAGAACAGUGCUACUCACAGGUUUGCAGACUCUCCCACCUGCUAGCUCUGAUCCUAUCAGGUCAUUGGCAGGCCUGGGAGAAAGUGUACAAGCUAGAAAGACCCGAGAGCCAUAUUCUGCAGUGUGGCACAGGAGGGAUUAAACAAAUUUAAUCAAGUCAGUUCAAUGCAGAUAUAUGAAUGGAAGACUUAAUUUUGGGGCACAAAAGUCAGUACCCAAAGCAUUAGUCAUACUUCUAAUAGGGAAUCAUGCCAUGUAUGAAUGAUUCAUGUCAGAAGGAUAUAAGAACCAGCAUGAUUAUGAGAAGAAUCUAAAAAGAAAGUGUCAAGGAAUUGGGGCCAUCUCAUCUGCAGAAGAGAAAAUUAGAGUUGAAUUCAACAGGUGUUUGUUGAGCACAUGCUCUGGACUUGGCCCUGCUGUGGGACACCCAGCUCCUUCCAUUCUUGAGGCAUCCACCAUACUUGCUGUCACCAACUCACCCAUCCCAGUGGGUCCAGUCUGCCCAGUCGGUAUGGAGAAGCAGAUUCCGCACAGGAUUCUAAAAAGCCACACUCAACAUGCAUUAUCAAGCCAAAGGCUGGGACCUUCAGAGAGCCUGUUGCAAGGAGAGUUCUCUGAGAUAAUACCAAAGGGAGCCGCCAGUAAGUCCAGGGAACCAAAGACGAUGGGGUUGACCAGCAUCCCCAUCGCACAAAAUAGCAGGGAAUAUGGGAUGAUUCUGGGCAGUUUCAAAUAUGACAAAGCAUCACCUCACAGAGAACCCAGGAAGCCUUCCUCUGACCCAGCCCCCAAUGUCCAGUGCACUUUAAAACAAUGUUGUCUGCUCCCACGUGUGUGAAACACUAUUAUUUGUGCUGUGCAUGGGUCUCAUUCUUAUUAUAGAAAUGUGUCACCCUGCAUUUAUUCCAUAAGUGUUUUUCUUUGCUGUGCUGUCCAGUGGUGAAAGCCUAUAAGACAUCAUGGGGCCAUCUUUGUUAUGCUACUUCCAAAAUGUGGGGUCCAGUUGCUGUCAAGUGUUAUCUGUAUUGUGCCAACCUCCUCUUCCUCCUCCUCCUUCUAUCUCAGGGAGGAGCUCUGAUGUGUAUCAUCGACCACAGGAGGACCACAGUAAUUGUGGGGUGAGGGGGGAUUUUAAGGGAGAAUCUAAAGGGCAAGAGACCUUGUCCUCCUCACCCCACACCAGAAUGCUAAGACAUGCUGGAGCGUCCUUUCUCUCAGAAGGACUGAGUGGACGCCUGGGAAAAGGGAACUCGGGAGCUGGCUUUAGGGGAGAGGAGUAGGCAUGGAGGGGCUGGUUCCUGAGGUUUCCAUGGGAUCCUGGAAAGAAUCUCUAGAAAGAAAUAAAGUAUGUGUUUGACUAGCACAUGCCUGUGUUUCAUCUCUAGGGGACCUAAGCAUGCUGUGGAAGGCUGACUAGAGCGGUACUGGGAGCCCCAGCAUAGUCAGAAGGCUGGAAUCCAGCAAUUCUCAACUCUGGGAUGAAAUGGGUGGGCAAGAUUUGGGAAGCAUUUCUAGGUGAGCUCUGGGAGUGAUGUGACCAGAGAUGACAACUACUAAUAGAGUGGAGUCGGUUCAGGUCCUUCCAGAAGCAGACACCAAGACCGUUAGAAGUGCAUGAGAUUUAUUGGGAGAUUGGGAGAGAUAAAGGAAAGAAAACGUAGGAGGAGGCAGAGAAAGCCUUCAUACCCCUAUGCAGAUCAGACACCUG